UUACGAAGUAACGUCGAGAGCUAAUAUGAACAUAGGUUGACAUAAACUUCUAUAAACCUCACGUGAGAAGUUGGAUUCCCCAUUUCAUAUGUUGUCGGAAAAUAAAAGAGAUUUGAAACAAUAAUUUGGCUUUUGUACGAACUACGAGGAAUGACUUUCCUUCAGAGACGCCGGAGAUGAAACGCUCCUCAAUUGUUUUUCCCUCUUGUUUUCUCACACUACAGGGUUCCUCCAUCUCCUCAUCUCUCCUUCUAUCCACUUUCCUCUCCGACAACAAAUCAGCUGAAUUUCAGGCGAGUUGAUUGGUUUCUGCCACACAAGUUUGAUCAUAUUUUGAGAGGAAAUGGGGUAUAUUGGUGCACACGGGGUUGCAACACUGCACAGAUACAAGUACAGUGGUGUUGAUCACUCUUAUGUUGCCAAAUAUGUGCUGCAACCCUUUUGGAGUCGCUUCGUUAGUUUCUUUCCACUAUGGAUGCCUCCGAAUAUGAUCACACUUAUGGGAUUUAUGUUUUUGGUCACAUCAGCAGUUCUUGGUUAUGUAUAUUCUCCUCAUUUGGACUCAGCUCCCCCAAGGUGGGUUCAUUUUGCGCAUGGAUUGCUUCUAUUUCUUUAUCAGACUUUUGAUGCGGUUGAUGGGAAGCAAGCACGGAGGACAAAUUCCUCAAGUCCACUGGGAGAACUUUUUGACCAUGGAUGUGAUGCACUUGCAUGUGCGUUUGAAACCUUAGCAUUUGGGAGCACUGCCAUGUGCGGAAGAUCUUCUUUCUGGUUCUGGGUACUUUCAGCUGUUCCCUUUUAUGGUGCAACGUGGGAACACUUCUUCACCAAUACUCUAGUUCUUCCUGUUGUAAAUGGACCUACUGAGGGUCUCAUGCUGAUUUAUUUAUGUCAUUUUUUCACAACCUUUGUGGGUGCUGGGUGGUGGACUCAGCAGUUCGGGAAGUCCAUACCAAUUUUUAGUUGGGUUCCUAUUUUUCAUGAUAUCCCUACGUUCAGGGCUGCACUGGUUUUAUUGGCUGCUUUCGGGGUCAUUCCUACAAUUGCAUUCAAUGUGUACAAUGUUUGCAAGGUUGUGCAGGCAAGAAAAGGAAGCAUGCUUUUAGCAUUGGCUAUGCUUUACCCAUUUCUAGUGCUUGUCGGAGGAGUCUUAGCAUGGGAUCAUUUGUCACCUUCUGACAUUAUUGGAAGCUAUCCCCAUCUGGUUAUAACUGGAACUGGACUUGCUUUUGGAUUCUUAGUGGGUAGAAUGAUUCUAGCCCACCUUUGUGAUGAACCCAAGGGCUUGAAAACUGGAAUGUGCAUGUCACUAUUAUUUCUUCCUCUUGCCAUUGCAAACACUCUCACAGCAAGGCUUAACGACGGGGUACCUUUAGUUGAUGAAAGUCUGGUUGUUCUUGGUUAUUGUCUUUUUACUGGUGCUCUGUAUUUGCACUUCGCAACUUCAGUCAUUCAUGAGAUCACCACUGCCUUGGGAAUCUAUUGCUUCAGGAUAACUAGGAAAGAGGCUUAAAGUUGGCUGCAGUUUUCUUUAGGGUAAGGCAGGCUCGUACAACUGAGUUUUCAUUCUUAUGUUCAAUCUCACAUUAGAGUUGAUGAUAUUCAAAACUUCAUUACUAUUGUUGUUAUUUAUUAUUUAUUGUUCUUUUUUUCUUUUUGUUUUGUUUCUUAGCUGAGAAACAAAUCUUGCAUUAUUCGGACUUUAAUUGAUCUUUUUUUGGAUGAAAUUGAUGAAGAUAGUUUUGAGUUCAGAGAUUGUUUUUCAAUUCAUCCCAUACUGUCAUGGGCGGAUCUAUUAAGAGGCUAGAGGCACGUGCUCCCCUCACAUUCUCGAUUUUUGUAUUUUAAUAUUAAUUUUGAUGGGUUAAAUUACAAUAUAUGUUAAAUAAUACAUUAUUAUUACUAUAUUCUGCUUUUAGUAUAGUGGUUAUGUCCCUAUUAAAAUCUCAA